CGCCGCACCAGGGCCCCUUAGACUAGAGUGGGACGGGGGAGGCCACGCGCGAGCGCCCGGGCGCCCACCCACUUCUCGGGCCCGUGAGCAGGGUCACUGACCGCCCCGCGCCCCUGGGUGUCGCUGCUCCUUCUUCUGCUGUCCGGGGGGCGUGCAGAGCCAGACGGGCUGGAGGGUGGGCGGCCCAGGAUCCUGCCGUACGUGGCCACCAGGGUCCCGGGAGGAGAGAAGCGUGGGUAUGUUGGGGCGCAGAGGUCUCCGACCUGGCAGGGAGAGCCAGCGGGGCGAAGAGGUCUGCUCUCAGAGCUGAAGCUGACUGUGCCCUGGGGCUACAUCGCUGCCAAAGCCUGGGGCUCUCUGCAGGGCCCCCCAGUUCUCUGCCUGCAUGGCUGGCUGGACAACGCCAACUCCUUCGACAGACUCCUCCCUCUCCUCCCACAAGACUUCCAUUACGUCGCCAUGGAUUUCGGAGGUCAUGGGCUCUCGUCCCAUUAUAGCCCAGGUGUCCCGUAUUACCACCAGAACUUUGUGAGUGAGGUCCGAAGAGUCGCGGCAGCCUUGAAAUGGAGUCGUUUUUCCCUCAUGGGCCACAGUUUUGGAGGCAUUGUAGGCGGCAUGUUUUCCUGCAUCUUCCCAGAGAUGGUGGAUGAACUUAUCUUGUUGGACUCGUCGCCGUUUGCCAUGGACAUUAAUGAGAUGGAGAACUUGCUGACCUAUAAGCGGAGAGCCAUCGAGCACAUGCUGCAGGUGGAGGCCACCCGGAAGCCCCCGAGCGUGGUCGGCCCGCAGGAGAUACUGCAGGGUGUGCCCCAUAGGCCAGGGCUCCGCCGUAUUUACCAUCGAGAGUGCAAACACACCCACGUGCGCAGGUUCCUGAAAAACAACAGCCACGUGGGCGAGGAGUGUGCGAAGCUCCUCCUGCAGAGAGGAACCACCCCGGUGGCCACAGGUCUGGUGCUGAACAGAGACCGGAGGAUCGCCUGGCCGGAGCACAGCUUCGACUUCGUCAGCAGGGAGCUGUUCCAGCACUCGGUGCAGCAGCUGCGGGCCCGCGUCCUGCUGGUCAAAGCAGCACAAGGAUACAACGAUGUGAGACGGGAGAAUGAUGCCAACAGGGAGCCCCUGCUGUUCAUGCUCCACGUGCUGAGAUCUGUCCUGAAAGAGAAACGUCAGAGUCUGGGGCCUGUGCACCCCUCUGGGUACCAUCACAAAAGAGCAGCCCUCCUGUGGCCGGCAGCUGGCGGGAGAGCUGAGGCCAGCCUCCUCUCCAGGUCUGAGGUCGAGACCUGCUGGGGCUCCAACCUUGCUUUUCCAGGGGCCUCGUCUACCUGUUGGGCAGGACCGGCUGCAACCCUGCCAUGGCCUCCCCAGCUUGGUGCCACAGCUUCACAAUGCAGGUGGCCCGGAUCCCUGGGCGGCCUGAGACCCCAGGCUUUGAUCCCCCAGGGCACAUGAACACUGUGGGAUCCCGGGGCAGCAGCAGGCCACGGGAGGGCAGUGCCACUUCCUCUGGCCACACUUCCCCUCCCUCCCCUCCUCCAGCGGUUCCAGUUCGUGGAAGUCCCCGGCAACCACUAUGUCCACAUGAACGCGCCCCACCACGUGGCCGGCAUCAUCAGCUCCUUUUUACAGAGCAAACGCAGGGGCCCAGUCCCGCAGUAGC